AUGAGACCAACCAACACCUUCUUCCAACAAGGAAGGGAAUUCAACCUAUCUUCUCCUUUGAUUUCUUCUUCUUCUUCUUUUUCUAUGAUCUUUUCUUCUUCUUUUUUUUCUUAUUUCUACUACUCACCUUUCCUUUAUACUAUCUUUUCUUCUUUUUUUUUAUUUCUUUCUUUUCAGUAUCUUCUCCCUUACAAUUUCUUCUAUUCAUUUUCUAUGAUCCACUUUUCUUUCUUUUUCUUUUUCUUUUUCAUUUUUUCAGUAUCUUCUCCUUUGAAUUUACUUCAUUCUUUUUCUUUUUUUUCUUCUUUUUUUUUCAGUAUCUUCUCCCUUUUCCUUCUUCUUCUUUUUUUCUUGAUUUUUCUUUUUUUUUCUUCUUUUUCAAUUAUUUCUACUACUACUCCUAUUACAAUUAAUACUAUCAUUGCCACUCUUUCUUUCUUUUUUUUAUUUUCUUUUCAUAUUUUCUUCCUUUUUUCUAUGAUUUUUCUUCUUCUUCUUCUUCUUCUUCUUCUUCUUCUUCUUCUUCUUCUUUUUAUUUCUUUUCUUUUUUUUUCUAUGAUCACUUUCCUUGAUACUUCUUUUCUUCUUUUCUUCUUCUUCAAUUUUUCCUUGAUUUUUUCUUCUUUUCAAUACUACUCCUAUUACAAUUAA